CACACGCUCCAUAGUCACAGCCCAAUGGAGAGUUCUCAGACUCAUAUUCUGACUAGAAUUAUGAGUAUGACAGCCGUACCUGUCAACAUUGGAGUACCAAAAUCCGGGAGAUUAAAAAAAAUUCUAGGCAAACUAGGUAGUAGCCUAGCAUACAUUUUUUGGAAGGGACUUCUGAUCUACACUCCAGAGCAGAAGGUGGCGGUAAUGCACCGAUAAACUGGAUGCCAACCGCCGUAAAACAAGAACACGAAGGAGAGUUGGUGGUGGCUGCACACAUAGAUGGCUGCACAUCUCUGAUCAAAACACGAGUAUCCUGCUCUCGUUAUACGCAGAAGUAUGUUAUAUUAAAAGUUUUCCUGUCCAAAAUACCCCAUACUAAUCAACCUAUUGUACACUCAGAGCGUCCUGAAUUGGUUGCAUUUAUUGUUCUAAUUUUGCGAGUGUGCCCGUUAAAAGAGGAGCGCUUUCAUCUGCAGGAUUGCAUACCCCUCCCUCCUGAUCCCCUGAACCAGAUAUGUCAAAGGUAAGCUUGCAUGGCAAGUGGUCCCUCUCCAGCAGUGAUGAUGAUAAUGAUGAAGAUUCAAAACCCACAAACAGUAAUUCACCUGGACAGACCAAAACUCACAACUCUAACUCCAUCACCAAUCAGCUUAAUCCCUACCUCGUUUCCGAACCGGUAUCAGGCUCGGACCCUGACCCAGCACUAGUAGAGGAGGUGAAACCAGAACCAGUUCCAGUUCAGGUCCGGCCUACCUCCUCUAUCUCUCCCUCUAUUGGCUCUGAGGCUAGACAUGUAGCCCAGGUCAGCCAAUUGAACCCUGUGAAACAUGGACGCCCCCCAUCUUUGGCUGGCAAGAGGAAGAAGGAGGCAGAUGAUUCUGGCUGGGCCCUCUCCGACAGCGAUGAUGAUGAUGAUGCAGAGAAGCCGAAAGCUUUGACUUCAGGCCUGAAAGACCCUCCAAAGAAGUCGACUCUGGGCCCAACCCCGAACCCCAAGAGGGUGAAGGUUGAAAACGACCGGCCUCCUAGCCCCCACGGGCGGACAUACUACAUCGAUGAGCCAGACGAUUUCUUUGAGACCAGCUUUCCUCCUGCUAAUGACACAUACCGCUUCUACCUCAACAAAGUCACAGGGCUAGAUAAGAGAUACAACACUGGGGCUCUGCACAUCAAAGAGAUCCUCUCGCCAUUAUUUGGAACCCUGAAGGAAUCUGUCCAGUUCAACUACUGUUUUGACAUCGCAUGGAUGGUCCAGCAGUACCCACCAGAGUUUCGAGACAAGCCUGUCCUGAUUGUCCAUGGGGACAAGAGAGAGGCCAAAGCUCGUCUCCUCCAGCAGGCCCAGCCCUAUACACACGUCCACUUCUGUCAGGCCAAACUGGAUAUUGCUUUUGGAACACACCACACGAAGAUGAUGUUGUUGUGGUAUGAGGAAGGUUUCAGGGUUGUCAUCCUCACCUCCAACCUCAUCAGAGCAGACUGGUACCAGAAGACACAGGGGAUGUGGAUGAGCCCCCUCUAUCCACAGUUACCGGCUGGGAGCCCAGAGACAUCGGGAGAGUCACCCACCAUGUUCAAACGUGACCUACAGGAGUACCUGUCGGCCUAUCAUGCCCCUGAACUCUCUGAUUGGCUGCAGAGGAUCAAGACGCAUGACCUAUCAGAGACCAGAGUGUACCUGAUUGGCUCGACUCCAGGCAGAUAUUUGGGAUCAGACAUGGACAGGUGGGGUCACCUCAGGCUAAGAAAGCUACUGCAUGAACACACACAACCCAUCCCCAGUGAAGAAAAGUGGCCUGUCAUCGGUCAGUUCUCCAGCAUCGGCUCUAUGGGAUUGGACAAGACCAAAUGGUUGGCGGGGGAAUUCCAGCGCACCCUGACCACCUUGGGCAAGUCGUCGCACAGGCCUGAUCCACCUGUUCACUUGGUAUACCCUUCAGUGGAGGAUGUGAGGAACAGUCUGGAAGGCUACCCGGCGGGGGGCUCUCUACCCUACAGCAUCCAGACGGCUCAGAAACAGCUCUGGCUCCACUCUUACUUCCACCGUUGGCAAGCUGAGGCAUCAGGGCGGAGUCACGCCAUGCCACACAUCAAAACCUACAUGAGGGCAUCACCAGACUUCACACAGCUAGCUUGGUUCCUAGUCACAAGUGCUAACCUGUCCAAAGCUGCCUGGGGUGCCUUAGAGAAGAACAACACUCAGAUUAUGGUGCGCUCCUAUGAGCUGGGAGUACUGUACCUUCCCUCUGCCUUUAAUAUGACCUCAUUUCCUGUGCAGAGGAACCAGUUUCCUGCCACAGUUCCGUCCUCCUCAUUUCCUGUGCCCUUUGACCUGCCUCCAACAUGCUACUCAGACAAAGACCAGCCAUGGAUCUGGAAUAUUCCCUACAGCCAGGAUCCAGACACGCAUGGCAACAUCUGGGUCCCCUCCUGAGCUGUGCCAGGCCAUACUACGCAUCCACAUGCACGCACACACACACACACGCCCCUCUUACACAAACAUACACCUCACACACACGGACAACUAUCUCUCACUCACACAGGCUUACACCUGUGUCUUACCUAAUCUGUCUUAGUUCAUUUGUGCCUGUCUUGUAGAUAUCUCUUAGUAAGACCCUGAGGGUCUUUAUUCCUGCUUCAUAGUAUUGAACAAAGCCACUUUUCUUUGUAGCUAUCUGUGUUGUGAUUUUGUGGCUGUAAUAAUCAUGUUAGUGAUCUAUUUUGUACUGGAUGAUCAACUAGUUACUUAUGUACUCCCAAGGUGACAUUAAAACAUUUUUACAUUUG